UCUCGCGCGAGGGUGCGCACGGUAAGUCGAUUGAGUGCGCGUGUGUUUGCGCGCCCGAGUGAUGUCUCGAUUGUGCCGCGGUGGCUGAGAACUCGACGGGAAACACGUGCAAAGAUCAUUCAUUGAUUUUGUCAAACAAUUGGGUCUCGGGCCAAAGGAUUCCCCCCGUCGAGCUUGAGACCGUGCUUUUUCGCCGCUGAGGUUCUGAUAUAUCAAUGACGUGAAACUUUCGCCACACCGCCGACUCGCUAGUCAACAAUUUGUAAGAGCCAGUGUAAAAAGUUACCUCACGCAUCGCCAGCCUCGACCACUGGUGAACAACUCCAACAACAAGUACACGCACACGUGUGUCUCCAAGCCCCUCUGUUGGAGGAAAAAAAAAAAAAAAAGAAAAAAACCAUCCCUCUUGGCAAAGUGCCCUCCAGAGAGCAGGAUCCGGUACAAAAGUGUGGGGGAAGCGUCGUUUUAACGCGCGGCCGAGCAAACUGGAUGGAAGGGGGAGGGGAAAACCCGAAAAUGCGGGCCACACUUGAGAAGUUGUGCACAUCAUCGCAUGGCCGAGGCUGCACACGCUGUCGGGAAGACUAACGAGCGCUGGGGAGAAGGAAGAAAUCGCACCCUUCGGUCGGUCGCCUGCUUUAUUGCGAUAUAAAAAUCAAAGAGGGUAGUCCUGGGCGGCUUUUUUUCCCUUACACUUGACCGAUCGCGCGAGGGAUCGAGCUAAUUUCGACGUCUCGGGAACCAGAGGAAGGGACGAGCGACGGGCGGGGAGGUAUGGCUCGUUGUGUUUCGUUGCGUGCGAUCGGAUGAUGUAACACAAAAAGGAUAAUACCACUCCUAAGAGAAACGCCAGCGAGCUUAUCUUCGCCACCAACAGCGGGACAUCGUUUGAAGGUAUUGCACAACUCGUAAAAAAAAAAAAAAAAAAAAUAAGGGAAAAAAAGGAGGAGAGGGCGGAGGGUACACAGUUGAAGGAUGUCGGAUUACGAGAGGAUAAGGCUGGUGGUGCUCGGUGGAGCAAGCGUCGGCAAAAGUGCGAUAAUACGCCGGCUGCUCGGUCAGGGAUUCAGCGACAAGUACAGGCCGACCGUCGAGGAUCUGUACUCGCGUGAGUGCACCCUUGGUACGCUCACGCUAAAGGUUGACCUGCUCGAUACGGCUGGCGACCAACAGUUCCCGGCAAUGCGCCGGCUAAGUAUAGCCACAGCCCACGCUUUUCUCUUGGUAUACUCGACCUGCUCGCUGGCGAGCUUCGAGUGCGUCAAACGCUGCUUCGAGGAAGUCAGGGAACAAAGACCCGAUUUCCAGCUCGGCAUUUCUUAUCGUAUUGAGGAAAAGAAAAACUCUGGAGAGCCCUGCAAAAUCACACGAUCGGGCAGUCCGAGCAGCGCAGGGGCACCAGGGAGUCCAAAACAGGUGCUGGCAGCACAAGGCUCGAGCGUGGUCGCGGUGGCCGAGGAGGUCAAGAGCAAACCUCGCAGCCGUAGUCUGAUAAGGCGCCACAGCCGCAAGACCAAGCAGCAGAUACGCGACGCCCACGCGGAGGACUGCAACAUCUCGUAAAAUUACGGGGCCACGGGAGUGUACCUUGUAUCAGCGUCUUCGAAGGUACACUUCUUCGAAUAUCGCGUUUUUUUUUUUUCUAUUUAAUUACAAAUCUGCAGCUGUACCGUCCUGAGUACCGACAUUUUUGUUGGCUCUACUGAUUUUUAUGCACACU